UUUCAGCUCCUUCGGGAAAGUGUAUCUCUGGAUAUUACUGCACCCAGAAUGCCCGUGUUCCAAACCCUGUGGAUGGUGAGAGUGGAGAUUUGUGCCCGUCUGGGUAUUUCUGCCCUGCUGGGAGCCGACAUCCCUUUCCUUGCCCCACAGGCAGUUUCCAGCCAUACCCAGGGAUGUCCUCUCAUGAUUCAUGCUUGGCCUGCCCUCCGGGGCAAUUCUGCAAAGGAGAAGCUUUGUCCUUGAUCUCAGGAAAUUGCUCUGCAGGGUUCUACUGUAUACUUGGAGCUGCUGUGGAGUCACCUGCUAAUGGCAGCACUGGGGCUCCAUGCCCUAAAGGCCACUAUUGUCCUACAGGGGCCGCUGCCCCCCUGCCCUGUGGGAAUGGAUUCUACCAAGACCUGGAGAGAGAAUCCAGCUGUAAGAUCUGCCCGGCUGGAUUUUAUUGUAACAUCACAGAGUUGGGUGGAAGUGUCACCCCCCAGCCGUGUCCUGCUGGCCACUUCUGCCCCAAGGGUAGUGCCUCUGGAACGAUGCGGAGAUGUCCUUGUGGUACAUACAGCCCAGACAGACAGCUGAGAGCAGAGGGUUAG